AUACGGUGCUUUUUUCCUCGGACGACGAUCAGAUCACGGUCUCCCGCGCGAAUACACAGGGGUACAAACGGGAAAACGGUGGAAAAUCAUUACGUUACGACUUUUCGGUCCGAUUUGGAACUUUAUUUGAACAUCCGACAAGAAGCGAAAUUGUGUUAAGUGAUUGCAAAUUUGUUAUGAGUUAUUAGAAUUUCAGUGGAAACUAAAACGAAAGGAAAAUAUACUGGAAGCAGACAGGAAGGUGAAAUACUCAACGAAAUCCUUGAGUGAUAUAAGAGAAAAUCUAAGCAAAGCUGUGAUAUUUUAGGCUGUAGAAGGAAAUAGUUGCUCAAAGUUCGUCAAAGUGGAAAAUUGCUUAUUUGUGGUGUUAUAAGUUGGAAGAUUUGUACGUUUUGAAUCGUUGACCUUUCUCAUAUAUUCCGGAAACAGUCGUGUACUAAACCCUAGUGAAUAAAAGCCAUGAGUCCUAAGCCGCACAAUUUCCUGGUUACGUUGCAGCGCAGUUCUCCCCAGGUUGCAUGGGGAAUUCGGUUGGUCGGUGGAACCGAUCUCAACGCUCCGCUGAUUAUCACCCGGGUUCAAGUGAACAGCCCAGCUCAGAAGGAAUUGCUACGUGGCGAUAUCAUUACCAAAAUCGAUCAGUACGAUGCACGUGAUCUGACCCACAACGAUGCGCAGAAUCUUUUCCGUACUGCCGGCAAUCAGAUUAAAAUCACAAUCCGUCGCGAUGAUAAGGUCGCUCUGCAUCAGAGUGCUCACGAACCAAAUGGAUAUGGAGCUCCGGCGUAUAGUCCAGCGAUGAGCCCCGUUCCACCAGCCUAUGCUCCUCAGCCAUUGAGCCCAGUGCCACAGCAACAGCAGAAGCCUCACCAGCAUCAGAACUUCCCUCCGCCAGAUCCAUCCAGCUUGUUGCCAAGAGUGACAUCGCCUCUUCCCCAUGGACCACAGGCUUACGCUGCUGCUCUGGAGCAUCCUAUGGAGACAUUACCCCACACGGUCUUCCCACAGCUGGAUGCUAGCGGUGCUUAUCAACUACCAAAGACUCCAUAUCCUCCAGUGAUGCCAAACUAUGAUGAAGCCAGCGAGGCUCUAACUAAUCAGCCAUAUCGUACUACUCCACUAGUCCUUCCCGGUGCCAAAGUACCGAAAAAGGAUGUUCUACCAACAGAAUCCUACCUCAGACACCACCCCAACCCAGCAAUGCGCGCACCACCGGUACAUGACUUCACAGAUUCACUGAUGAGACAGAAGGCCGCCGAGACCAUAAUCCAUCGUGUCGUAGGAGAAGAACCACCGAGUGGUCCAAAGCUAGUGCACAAGCAGUUCAACUCGCCGAUUGGAUUGUACUCGGACAGCAACAUUGAAACCACCGUCAGAGCAGCCGCGCCACAGCCACAAGCCGUGCCAUCAAACGGAUUCACAAGUCGCCAUCGGCCAACAAAAAUCGAAGGCUACAAGAAAACCGUCGUCUUUGAUCCAAGCAAGAGCGAAACCUACCGUGCCCUUCAGGAGGGAGUUGGCGAGGGACUUCAGGAAGUGACCACGCCCGUCCAGCCCCGUGCCUUCCAUGGAAAUCGUAUGGUACCAGGAAAGAAACCAACCGCGGCCCAUCCAGCUCCCCAGCCAGAAUUCGCUCAGCACGUCAACUCGAUGGGAGAACCGAACGAGAAGAUCCACCAGAGUGGAUCUUUCAAACGUUUAAUGCAUCACGUUAUGAUGGAAACCGACUAUUAAAUCAGUUGAACGCCCCUAGCGAAGGUAAAUGUCGGAUUCCUGAUUUCUAUUAAAUUAUCAUUUUAGGAUAGGUCAGAGCAGAUGAAAGAAACUUUGUUUCAUUUUUUUUAUAUAUCUCGAGAACUAUAAGAGGAAGAAUAAACGCUUUUAAAUAUUACUACUCGUAUUGUCCAUUUGGAGCUGUCUUUUAUGGCUAAAUGAAGUAUAGGGCUCCAAACUAACGAAAAAGGCAGCAAUGAUAGAAAGAAACAGAAUAUUGGAAUGCUUCCACAAGCAAUAUUUACACUGUUAAAUGAAAACCAGAAUCAACGUAACGAACGCUUCUACUGUAAAUAAAGUAACAUUGUUAAAAAUGUUUUUGUUGUCAUUUCACCUCAGAUAAACAUAUUAUACAAUCAAUUAAAUAUUUUAAUUAGGAUUAUCAACGAGCUUCACUAGUUUCUAAUUUUGUUAUAUUUCGAAAAUCACAGCACAUUGUUCCGCAAGGCAAUCUUAGGAAAAUGGCAUCGAGUGAAUGUUCUAGUCAAUUUUCGUUACACUUUGUCCCAUCCGAAGGAAACUGUUUUCUCCGAUGCGGGGAAAGGUAAUCGAAAUUUUAGUUAAUACUACAUUAUUUCAACCGUAGAAUUCAUUUAUAUCACAGCUAAUGAUAGCAAUCGAAAUCAUAUAAUGACACAACGUGUUAAAUUAUUUGUUGUGAAGAAUCACGAAUGAAAGAGACGACCAUAGGGUGCAGUCAGAAAAGUGAAAGUUUCGAGAAUAUGUGACGCAUUAUUUUGUUAAAAAGGAUAAGUUAGCUAUUAGCUAUUGAAGGCUUUUUGUGACCAGAAAGGUAUCGAAAUCUAAAUAAAACAAAGUUUAAAAACCA